GGGCCUCUCCGCGACCGCACACCGCGUCCGGUCCCCUCCGGCCAGCAGCAAGCCUCCCGACCUCUCCUGGCUCGGGCUCGGAGUCAGGCCGACUUGGGAGGCGGCCAUCGAUUUUACGGAAGACCCUGGGUUAUGGAACAGAGAAAAGAACUUUUUAGAAGGCUCCAAAAAUGGGAAUUAAAUACAUACUUGUAUGCACCAAAAGAUGACUACAAACAUAGGAUGUUUUGGCGGGAGAUGUAUUCGGUGGAGGAAGCUGAGCAACUUAUGACUCUCAUCUCUGCUGCACGAGAAUAUGAAAUAGAGUUCGUCUAUGCUAUCUCACCUGGACUGGAUAUCACUUUUUCCAAUCCUAAGGAAGUAUCUACAUUGAAGCGCAAACUGGACCAGGUUUCUCAAUUUGGGUGCAGGUCAUUUGCCUUGCUUUUUGAUGAUAUUGACCAUAAUAUGUGUGCGGCAGACAAAGAGGUAUUCAGUUCUUUUGCUCAUGCACAGGUCUCCAUCACAAAUGAAAUUUAUCAGUACCUAGGAGAGCCAGAAACUUUCCUCUUCUGUCCUACAGAAUAUUGUGGCACUUUCUGUUAUCCAAAUGUUUCUCAGUCUCCUUAUUUAAGGACUGUGGGUGAAAAGCUUUUACCUGGAAUUGAGGUGCUUUGGACAGGUCCUAAAGUUGUUUCUAAAGAAAUUCCAGUAGAGUCUAUUGAAGAGGUUUCUAAGAUUAUUAAGAGAGCUCCAGUAAUCUGGGAUAACAUUCAUGCUAAUGAUUAUGAUCAGAAGAGACUCUUUCUGGGCCCAUACAAAGGAAGAUCCACAGAGCUCAUUCCCCGGUUAAAAGGAGUGCUGACGAAUCCAAACUGUGAAUUUGAAGCCAACUAUGUCGCUAUCCACACUCUUGCCACCUGGUACAAGUCAAACAUGAACGGAGUGAGGAAGGAUGUGGUGAUGACUGACACUGAAGACAGUACUGUAUCAAUCCAGAUAAAGUUAGAAAAUGAAGGAAGUGAUGAAGAUAUUGAAACUGAUGUACUCUAUAGCCCACAGAUGGCUCUAAAGCUAGCUUUAACAGAAUGGUUGCAGGAAUUUGGUGUACCUCAUCAAUACAGCAGUAGACAAGUUGCACACAGUGGAGCUAAAGCAAGUGUAGUUGAAGGGGCUCCCUUAGUUGCAGCACCCUCUUUAAAUGCCACAACUGUAGUCACGACAGUGUACCAGGAGCCCAUUAUGAGCCAGGGAGCAGCUUUGAGUGGUGAACCUACAGCUCUGACCAAGGAAGAAGAAAAGAAGCAGCCAGAUGAGGAACCUAUGGACAUGGUGGUAGAAAAACAAGAAGAAGCAGACCACAAGAAUGACAGCCAGAUACUCACUGAGAUUGUUGAAGCUAAGAUGGCGGAGGAAUUGAAACCAAUGGACACUGAUAAAGAGAGCAUAGCUGAGUCGAAAUCUCCAGAGAUGUCAAUGCAAGAGGAUUGCAUUAGUGAUAUUGCUCCCAUGCAGACGGAUGAACAAACAAACAAGGAGCAGUUUGUGCCAGGUCCAAAUGAAAAACCUUUGUACACUGCAGAACCAGUGACUCUGGAGGAUUUGCAGUUACUUGCAGAUCUUUUCUAUCUUCCCUAUGAGCAUGGACCCAAAGGAGCACAGAUGUUACGGGAAUUCCAGUGGCUUCGAGCAAAUAGCAGUGUUGUCAGUGUCAAUUGCAAAGGAAAAGACUCUGAAAAAAUUGAAGAAUGGCGGUCACGAGCAGCCAAGUUUGAAGAGAUGUGUGGAUUGGUGAUGGGAAUGUUCACUCGGCUCUCGAAUUGUGCCAACAGGACAAUUCUUUAUGACAUGUACUCCUAUGUGUGGGAUAUCAAGAGUAUAAUGUCAAUGGUGAAGUCUUUUGUGCAGUGGUUAGGGUGUCGUAGUCAUUCUUCAGCACAGUUCUUAAUUGGAGACCAAGAACCCUGGGCCUUUAGAGGUGGUCUAGCAGGAGAGUUCCAGCGUUUGCUGCCAAUUGAUGGGGCAAAUGAUCUCUUUUUUCAACCACCCCCACUGACUCCUACCUCGAAAGUUUAUACUAUCAGACCGUAUUUUCCUAAAGAUGAGGCUUCUGUGUACAAGAUUUGCAGAGAGAUGUAUGAUGAUGGAGUGGGUUUACCUUUUCAAAGUCAGCCUGACCUAAUUGGAGACAAGUUGGUAGGAGGGCUCCUUUCCCUCAGCCUAGAUUACUGCUUUGUCCUUGAAGAUGAAGAUGGCAUAUGUGGCUAUGCUCUGGGCACUGUAGAUGUGACACCCUUCAUUAAAAAAUGCAAAAUAUCCUGGAUUCCCUUCAUGCAGGAGAAGUACACGAAGCCAAAUGGUGACAAAGAACUCUCAGAGGCCGAGAAAAUAAUGUUGAGUUUCCACGAAGAACAGGAAGUAUUGCCGGAAACAUUCCUUGCCAAUUUCCCUUCUCUGAUAAAGAUGGAUAUUCACAAAAAAGUAACUGAUCCAAGUGUGGCUAAAAGCAUGAUGGCUUGCCUCCUGUCUUCCUUGAAGGCUAAUGGUUCCCGGGGGGCUUUCUGUGAAGUGAGACCAGAUGAUAAAAGAAUUCUGGAGUUUUACAGCAAGUUAGGCUGUUUUGAAAUUGCAAAGAUGGAAGGAUUUCCAAAGGAUGUGGUUAUACUUGGUCGGAGCCUGUGACAUUUGUUGGCCUGUGAACUGUCAGUCUUAACACCAUCUGUGGUUGGUAGUUGGGGUCUUCAGACAGCUCAGCAUCUGGAGCAGCAACAAAUCAGCCAGUUGAAGUAGAAACAGAAGACUGUAAAGAUCACCCAUCACACUGAAACCGCUGCUGGUUGGAAGAAGAUAGUAUUGGUGCAAGUCCUGUAUAAAACAGAUUUGGGUUCCUCUUUGGGUCUUGUGUUUCAUCUUGGGUGCAAAGACCUCUUACGUGGGCUUCUAUAGGGAGAAGGGUCUUGAAUAAAUGUAGUCAGCAGUAUUUUCUGCAUCCAGUGUGGUUGGAUUUGUCACCUAAGGAAUCACAAUGACUUGGUUUAAUAAAUGUCUCAUUCUUUGUAGACAUGACAGUGAUGAAAGACUCAGACUUCAGGUUGGAUGUUCCAAGUAGUUUAAGCUAAAUAAAUGUUUUCAAUUUGGGGCAAUUUGUUUCUUUUUGUAAAGCCAUGGCCAGCUGUCUACUGUCGCAACCAUUGGCUUGGGCAUGUUGUGCUUUGUAGGGACAGUGCAGGUGUUUUUAGCAAAAGCCUAAAAUUGAUAAAUUUGUAAAUUUCUGUGUAUAUAAACUAGCUGUAACCUGCUUAUCUUUUGUUGCCCAUAUUUGUAAUUUUUUUCUUUAUAAAAUGAAAAGGUGUUGGUUCAGGAUGGCACUUUGAAUAAUGUAAAUUAGAGGAAGGUAGGUUUUUUUCUUUUUUUCUCUCCUUCUUGAGAAGCUUUAUUUUUUAAUGUGUCCCAACAUUAGGGAUAUAGGCCAUGACCAUUUUGGGUACGAGAGCCUAACUUCAUAGGACUCAAUCUGUUGCAAAGUGAAGUUGCUUCUGAAAAUUAACUUCCAUAGCAGAUCAGUGUGAAGUGUUAGUCUGGACAUUGUCAGGUAGGGUACGGAACUGGCUGGUCUCAUUUGCUCUUGGAUCAGGUGUCCUUUAAUCUCAACACCUGUUACUACUGGUUUAACUAAAUCAGUCUUUAGUUCUUGCAUGUUUUAUCUAAUUUUUGAAAGGAUGAGCACACUAGGUUACCCAUUUCUUCUUCAAUCACAGAUUCUGAAAGCUUCAUAUAUUUUAAUUUAGAUUUGGUGUUUUUAAGGGUUUUGAGCAUGAGGCUAGUGGGUAAUCUGCAGGAUUCAUUUUUUUCAUCAUGGCUGGCUGACUUCUCCCUAGAUUUGUAUCAGUGUAUUGUUAUCUUGCUACAGUUUUGCAUCAUCUGUCUUUGAGUUGUGUGAAGAACUAGAAGGAAAA